CAGUAUGGCGGCGUUCAUCUGGUAAGCACCCGCGUUAUUCACCAAAGUUAUGACACUGAUUUAUCGCUAAACUGCAUACCCUGAAAGGUACAAAAUGGAUGAAAGACAUUGGUGGAUAGCUGGUAAAAUCCAGGAAACCUUCAGAAUUGGAGGAUAUGACAAUCCAACAUUGCUCGAGGAUUUUAUGACCGAAGAGACCACAUUGAAUAAAAUCAACCGUUUUUUGAAAGCAGGUGGUCCAUGCAGGUUGUUCUUUACCUGCGCAAAAGCCGAAAGUGGCGUAUUGUCAACCAGAGAACUCAAUGUUACUGGAACGCUAGCCGCACUGAAAGAUGUAGAUUUAGAUAAAGUCAAUAUUUUGUAUUUUUUGAGAAAUAGAGUGGAUAAAGAUGUUGAUACAGUACGGUAUGAGAGAGAUAUUUUCUGUGGCGAGCUCAAGCACAAUACAAUUGAGACUCUGGUCACCCUUCUGUCUGACGUUUAUAACCCCCUGAUAAAAGCCCAGAAGGAGUGGGGUGAGUGCAAUAUGGAGGGACAGACCAACCUGAGUCACAGCAUGGACAAGUUUCUGACGGCCCUGAAUGAGUCUACAGCCUCCAUGCAUCACUCAAAGCAGCUGAUGCUGAAACAGCCCGAAAACAUUGUCCUGAAUGACUUCAAACAGCAUCGUGCCGCAGCCCUAGAUGCUCAGCUGAUUGGUCAGUAUGAAGAACUGGUAACAGAUUGGAUCAACACCAUAGAGACCAUGCUGAAUGACACAUCAGACGAAAGAUUUAUGGAUCCUAAUGCUGGUCCACUGUCAGAGUUGGAAAGAUGGCGUCGACGUCAGCGGUUACUGACCAGCAUUACAGAACAGCUCAAAAGUAAAGAAUGCAAGGCUGUGAUUGGUGUACUGAUAACUGCCAAGUCCAGGUUACUGAAGAAAUGGAAAAAUGUGGAUGCUCAGAUCACUGAUGCCAUGAAUGACACCAAAGACAAGGUCAAGUACCUGGAGUCUCUGAGACGUCAUUUUGAUCAGCUAUACCAGGAUGCAACACCGGCCUCGAUCAUCAACAACGCCAUCCCCGGAAUUGUCAACAGCGUGCGUCAGAUGGAUUCCAUCUCUCGGUACUAUGCCAGAACCGGUUUUCUUGGUAUUGUAUUUACCAAGAUCACAAACCAGCUGGUACUGGCCUGCAAGGAGUACAUUAAGAACUGUACCAUCACGGCCUAUGACGGGGAUGAACUGUGGGUCAGGAUCAAGGAGGAGAUAAGGAAUAGGGAUUCCCUGCCACUCGUGGACCCCCAACAGAGACUGCUCAGAAACCAAGUGGAGGCCAAAAUUAAGCAACAAGGAGCCCUGACAAGAGGAAAGACAAAGGAAGGCAAAGAUCUUGGUUUACAGGAUGACAGUUUGUAUGGGAGACUGAAGGCGUGCCUGACCCUCCAGGGGUACUAUAGAGAGACCCUGAGGUCACUGAGAGACUCCCUGGGGCAGACCAACAAUAUGUCCCACUUCCCCUCCCUCAGCAGUGUGGGGGGACCGGGAAGCUUCACCACCAGGUCAAAACCAAGCAAUGCCUCCAGAUCAGGACCGUCCGUGUCUCCUAAGAAGGGGAUAUCCUCUCUGAUGACCAAUGACGCGGGUCACGGCGUGUCGAUUGCUGAUGAGGACGCCAUCAUGUCACACAUGGACAGCUUCUGUAACAGGAUCAGACAGCUGAUUGACGUCAUCAACACGCUCGCACAGUACAACAAGUUGGCUACAAGCACAAUUGGUGUCCCUAAACCCAGAAAGGAGGACCUCGUGAUAGAUGAUGAAGAUAGUGAUGAAUACAAGUACAGGAAGUUCCGAGAGAACAAAGCCAACAAAUUGGAAUAUGAUGAUGAUGACAAUGGCAAUCAAGGACUAGCGGGCACCAUCGCUAUUCCCUCCCCAGAGAGGAGCGGACUGAGGGCCAUCAAAGAGGAUGAGGAGAACCAGGAGGACAACAUCUCAGAAAUCGAGGAGCUCGAGGAGAAGAAGACCAAAACACCUGCUCCUGUGGACAACGGUGAUGAUGUGUUCGAGUCCGUCAACAACAACAAGGGGCUGAACGAAAAUGAACUGGGAGUGCUGAGACGGUACUUCCCAGAGGAUGAAGAAGAAGAAGGUCCCAGUAUAUCAGCCAUUAUUUCACAACACCUUCAGCAGAUGACACAGGCCAUGAGUGACAACGUCACCACCAAAACCAUGCUGGAUGUGGAAUCCAAGGACAAAGACAGAUUUGAGGACUAUUAUACCAACUUUGCACAAAUAUGCACUGACCUAGAGACUUUCCUUGCUGCAUACCUUCAUGCAAUAUUUAUUUCAAAAACAAAAACACAACAGGCAUUGGAUACAAUCACAAGAUUUACUCCAGUUCAAAAUAGACCAGGAAUCAGGGCCUGCAUCUCUGAGAAGUUUGUCGAAAUUUUCAACUGGUAUGAAUCUGACUUGGAAGAAGUUCACCAAAUUUAUGAAGCUCACAAGAACAACCCACAGUUGGUGAGAAAUGCACCCCCAGUUGCUGGAGCUAUCCAUUGGUCUCGACAGCUACUCAAACGCAUUGAAGACCCCAUGAAGAUUUUCCGAGACAACAAGGCAGUGAAUCAGUUGGGCGAUUUUGGCCGGAUAGUCCGGAUAUACAAUAAGCUUGCCACUGCCCUGGUGACCUUUGAGAGCCUAUGGUUUACUCAGUGGAGGAAUAGGAUUGACCAUGCUAGGAAUGGUCUUAGAGCUACCUUGUUUGUACACCAUCCUACCACUGGUGAAAUUGUAGUCAAUGCAGAUGAGAGAGUGUUAGAACUGAUCCAUGAGGCAAAGUGGCUGACUCGGCUCGGAAUCCAGAUUCCAGAUGCAGCCAUAGCCAUCAUGCAGCAGGAGUCCAGAUUUAAGGGCUACAAGAGCCAUCUGGAGCUAGUUUUGAAUGAGUAUAAAGAAGUUUGUGAGGCUAUUCCAGAGCCACUCCAGAAACUGUUUGCAGCCCAUAUGGAUCACGUGGAGCAGCAACUCCAGCCUGGACUCAGCACACUGGCCUGGAACAGCAUGAAUAUAGAUGCCUUCUUGCACCAGAUCCACUCAGCCACACAGAAGCUGAUGACAAUGGAGGCCAAGGUGGCAGAAAUAAUGGAGGAACAGGUUUUCUCAACGCUGGAUGAAAUCAGUAGCUUCUAUCUGUUUGAUAUUGACGAAGCAUUUGCCAGAUCUUGGCCUCCAGAGGAGUUCCGAGAGGUGAUGCUGAGAGGUGCUCAGGAUAGAUCUCGUACAUUGCAGGAAAUGGUAAAAACAGUAGCAGACGGUCUACAGAAAGUUGCCAACACCCUGGCUCUCAGGAAGGAGUACGACCUCACUUCCAUGCGGGGAGAAAUGCACUCCAAAUUAAUCGGCUACAAGCGGCGCCAAACCAUCAGGGAACCACAGCGCCGCCCAUCUUCUUCACCGUCCCUCAUUCCAAAUAUGAAUGACCACCACGGGAAAUCUAAGAAGAUGGCGCUGAUGAUGGAUGAGGAGGAAGUGGCCCGAGAGAAACAGAAGGCUAUGGAGGAGGAGCAUUACGUGGCGGAACUCAUCGCACACUACAAAGAUGAAGUAUAUGAUGCAGUUCUGAGCGCCACCUACAAGUCAUUAGCAGCCCUCGCAGAGUCCACGGGAUGUGAUGGAGAGGUCAUAAGGGUCAUCAGUUCAAUGUCAAACGCAUCCAGUGACCACCACGGGUCACCGCGAUCUCCUAGACAACAGUCUGCUCGUAGCCGAGUCUCGUCCGCCGUGUCCGAGAGGUCCAGGCCACAGACCAGUAUGUCGCAGCUCUCCAACAUGACGUGGACGACAGAUAAAGCAAAAGAAGUGACCUACUUACAAUUUGAAGUAGAGGUAGGAUUUAACAUUCCAAACAUCACCCUGGACCCCUCUCUAGAUCUGGCACAGACAGCCAUUACAGAAGUAGCUAAUGCCAUACUGGAGGCAACCAGAAACAUUGAUUGGCUAGGACUCCAUGGGACAGAGAACUUCUAUUCCUCCAUUUCACAAGAUGAGAAUGUACAAGAAAUGAUGGACUCAGUUGCUGGUAUAGUCCAAGAGCUGGAAUCUACAGUCAACAAGCACUUGUUCCACUUCAGUUACUAUAACUUCCUAUGGAAGGAUGAUCUACAUGGUAACUUUAAGGAGUUUAUCAUGGGUGAACCUGGUAUGUUUAACAUCAAGAAGGAGGUGGAGCGUUUCCUGUACAUCGAGAAGAAAGUUCUCAGCAUCCCCAAGGUUCUUCCCGUUGGCUGUAUCUGUUUGGGAACCGACCCGAUAAAGGAUGCUCUGCACGGGUUUGCCAUGGCCUGGAAGAUUCAGUUUGCUUCAGUUUUACAUGAGGAAGCUAAGAAAAAGCUUGAUUCAGCAGUGUUGUACAGACUGAAUGUCCGUAACAGACUGGAACUUCACGUCCAGUCUCUGGACCAGUUGAACAGUGCUCUACAGUUAUUAGAGGAACUCCGAGACAUGGAAAACAAAGUAGACAGCAUCUACCUCCCCAUAGAAACCAUGUAUGAGAAACUCAGGGAGUUUGAACUUCGGUUGCCAAGAAAUGAAGUGGAAGAGGUGGACCAACUCCGCGACAAAUGGGUGGAGUUAAUGGAACUUGCUGAACAAGUACGAGAAAAUCUCCUGAAGGAACGCAGGGGAGCUUUCGAACAAGAACUUGACAAAAAUGUAAAAGCUUUCGUGGUAGAGGUUAUGGAAUUUAGGAAUGCCUUUGACUCUCAGGGACCUAAUGCUCCUAACACUCCCCCAGCUAAGGCAGUAGCUAGUUUGCAAGAGUUCCAACAGAAAUACAAACUGUAUGACUCGAAACGAAACACACUUGUGUCUGUGUCAAAGCUCUUUGGCAUUGUGUGCAAACCUUUCCCUGAACUGGAUAAAACCGGUGAAGAACUGGAUCUGCUGAGUCAGUUGUAUGGACUGUUCCAAAAGUUUAUCCGAUUUGAUACUAGAUUUAGAGACACCCUGUGGGCAGAUGUAGAUUUGGAUGCCGCUUUCAUUGAGGUGGAAGGUUAUUGGGAUGAAUGCCUGGCUCUGCCAAGUAAACUGAAGGACUGGGAUGCUUAUCAUGAUCUCAAAACCUCACUACAGAACUACCUAGAAGUGUUCCCAUUGCUCCGAAAACUCAACUCCAAGGAAAUCCGUAAUCGUCAUUGGCUGGAUGUGAUGAAUGUGACGGGAGUAAAGUUCCAGUUGGAGGCCAAUGUGUUUAAACUGUCCCACUUACUGGACAUAGGACUAAUCAAACACAAGGCUGACAUAGAAGAAAUCUGCCUGAGUGCUAGUCGAGAACUCGAACUCGAGAUCAAACAGCGAGUCACAGAAGAUGAGUGGAAUGAGCAGAUGUUGACCUUUGAGCACUACAAGAACCGAGGUCCCAUGUUCCUAGAUAAGGUCUCCACAGAACGUCUACUGGAACAGCUUGAAGAUGCCCAGGCUCUUCUGGCCAGCAUGCUGACCUCCAAGUACAUCGCCCCCCUUAGGGAUGAUACGGCGCUGUGGGCCAAGAAGCUCAAGGACGUGACUGAAGUGUUGGAGUUGUGGUUGCAAGUUCAGGAUCUGUGGCAGUAUCUAGAGGCUGUGUUCAGUAACUCAGUGACAGCUAAGGAACUCCAACUGGAGGCCAAGAGGUUCGCAAGAACGGACAAAAGCUGGACUAAGAUGAUGAAGACUACAUACUUUGAGAUGAGAGGUGUUCUGCAGUGUUGUACCGGUGAUGAGGUGCCCAAGGUGAACCUCCUCCGUAACAUGCAGCAGGAGCUGGAAAUCUGCUUCAAGUCCCUGAUGGAGUACCUCGACAACAAGAGGCGUGCUUUCCCGAGGUUCUACUUCGUAUCUGACCCUGUUUUACUGGCCAUGCUUAGCCGACCUAAUGACCUUGAGUCUGUUAGACCUCACCUCAAGUCCAUUUUCAGUGCAAUCUAUGAUGUAAAGUUAGAGGAAGCAGACACUGGUGUAGAUGAACCGACGGAUGAAAUCGGAUUUGCUCAAUCCAGAACUGGCACUCAAUCCAGGGGCAACCGCUCAACAAGUGUCCUAUCCCCAGGGCUGAGGAGCAACACUCCCCCCAAAAUUGACAAACGAUUAACCGAGAUCUAUGGUGAUCCUAGUACUAAACAAAAGGAAGAAGAAAGUUCUGAUGAGAAACAAAAAGCAUCUAAACUUCAUAAGCAGGAAAAAGAAAGUACAAAAAAGAGAGUAAGAUCCAAGAUGUCAGGAAUAAAGGGAGUUAACUUCUCCCAAUACAGUGUGAACCCCAGCGCCAUGGCUCAUGGCCCCGCCUACCUGCCCUCAGAGGGGAUUAUCAAGGACGUCAUCAUCAGAGAUGCUGUGUCCGUCUCUAGUUCUGAUGGAGAGAUGGUUCUACUGCAUGAAAAGGUUUGCCUGAAUGAUGGAGUGGAGGUGUGGUUACAGAGACUGAGAGAUUCCGUAGCCAAGACACUGCGGGAGCUGAACAUUAGCAUCAUACAGGACUGUAAUAAUGGGGUCAUGAUGGACGAAUGGGCAUCCAAGUACCCAGCACAAGUUUGCAGAAUAGGAAUGCUGUAUUACUGGACCAGAGAAUGUGAUGCAGGGAUAGGGGAACUAAAGUACGACCGCAAGGCACUGCAGCAUAACACAAUGAAGAAGUACCAAGCUUCCACGGCCAAACUGACCACAGUCCUGACUAAAGGGGCAUGGAGGACUCUGGAGGACCCCAUGUUACCUCUCCACAAAGCCAGGCUGGAGUCCAUGAUUGCUCAAUCCCUUUAUUUAAGAGAUGUACUAGAGAAUAUGUGCAACAGAAAGUCCUUGAGAGAGCCAACAGAUUUUGAAUGGAGGAGGUGUAUUAGAUGUUACUUUCACCCUGUUGCUAACGAUGAGACUCUAGAUAAUGAGUCGGUAGAUAUUAAAACGGAAGCGAGUUUGAGUGACCUCUCAAUACAAGAUAAACACGAACCGCUCAUCUGGAUACUAGACACUCCUUAUUUCUACGGCAAUGAAUUCUAUGGAACAAACGCAGGAGUGGCCUUAACUCCAGUCACGGAGCGAUGCUUUUUGACCAUGUCACAGGCUUUGAAUAACUACCAAGGAAGUUGUGUGUCAGGGCCUGUGGGGGUUGGCAAGACAGAAACUGUUAAGGGUCUAGCAAAUGUUCUGGGACAUUACAUUGGAACAUUCCAGUGUUCCUCCGAGUCAGAUACCAGUGCCAUGGGCAAGAUUGUUCAGGGAACUGCCAUGGAUGGUUGUUGGUGCUGUUUUGAUGAGGUUCAGAGUUUGAAUAGACAAGCUAUGGCAGUCCUACUGGACCAGAUGACUGCAGUUAUAAAUGCCCUCAGAUCCAGACAACCAUAUGCUACACUCAGUGAUGGGCAGGAGGUUUCCAUUAAGAAGACCUUUGCUGUCCACAUGACCUACAACAAGGAAGCCACACCUCCGGGCUGUAACCUGCCGAUUGAUGUCAGAUCUCUGUUCAGAAUGGUCUCCCUUGUCAAGCCCGACUUCAGUCUCAUUCUAAAGGCUAAGUGUGCUGCCAUGGGAUUCAGGGCUCCGACUGUGCUGGGAGCACGACUUAAAGCUCUGGCACAGCUGGCCAAGGAUGAAUUGCCACCAGAUUGCCACCAUCACUUCAGUGUAGCCACACUUGUGGGGGUUCUGAAGAGGGCCACACAAAAGAGAAAGUUUAUCCGAGAUGAGAAAUCAGUGGACAGACUUGAGGCCAAAGAUAGGGAAACUUCACGAUCAGACAGUCAGGCCUCCGAGGCCCCAUCCAAAGUAGCUAACCCCCAGCAGAGUGUCACAGGAAUUCUGCCAAACCCUUCCUAUUACUUUCCCCCUGGAAGGUUAAGUGUGGCUGCUAGUGGGAUAAAAAUGUCCACAGGGGGUAUUAACCGUAAAUCUGGAACCCCCAACCCACUGACAAUGGCAGGGAAAUUGGAACAUGCCCUGGUAGCCCAAACCAUCAAAGAAAUCAUUGGACCAAGGUUUACUGAUCAGAACAUGAAGAUAUUUAAACACAUUCUGGAUGAUGUGUUUGCUGGUCUGCCUGAUCCUCCAGCAGUUCACCAGAUUCCGUCGGCCAGAACCAGAGGCUUUGAUGUGGAACUGAUUCUCAAACAGAAAAGUGUAGAAAAAGGCCUUGUGGCCCACGAACCAUGGAUAGAACGCUGUAAACAGUUGUACAACAUCUCCAAGGUCCAUCACGGUGUGAUAGUGGCAGGACCCCCGGGCAGUGGUAAAAGCAGCUGUAUUCAAACUCUGGUGGAUGCCCUCAGUCUUUCUAACCAGGCAGGGACCUCAAGGCAGUCCCAGGGUAGCAGAACCACAGGGAACAUACAGGAAAACCAACACAAACUCAUCAAGAUUAACCCAAUGGUGGUCGAUGACUGUCAACUCAUGUUUGGGUACCUCAAUGUUAACAACGACUGGGUGGACGGUAUCUUCACCUCCGCUUGUAGAAAAGCCAACAGGAACCAGAGCACAACAUGGCUCUGUUUGGAUGGCCCCUUAAACCCAGGCUGGGCGGACAACUUCAACCCCAUUCUGAAUGGAGACAAGGUCCUGCAUCUGAAGAAUGGAGACAAGAUGUUCUUGUCAGAUAACAUUAUUGUGAUUUUUGAGACAGAUGACCUAAGUAGUGCCUCCCCAGCCUCUGUCUCCCGAUCCGGUAUUGUAUAUAUUGACAAAGAUAUCUUGGGAUGGAAACCCAUCGCAGAUGCUUGGCUGGAAAGUAGGACUCCUCAAGAAAUUCAUAAUGUUCCACAUCACAAAUUUACCAGGGUACUACAAAGAGCGUUUGCCAAGACUUUGGACCCUAUUUCCCAGUUUGUACUCAAUGAAGCCAGACCUCGUCUCUCGCUUUCUCUGGUGGGAAUGUUUAAGACAUGUCUGGGACUACUCAGUUCAAUGUUGGCCAAUAAUAAUGAGAUCGGGGGAGAACUUCAUAUCGAGCGUCUCUAUCUGUUCUGCCUCAUUUGGACGUUUGGAGGACUGCUGGACAGUGUGGAUAGGAAGUCCUUCAGCGAUAUCCUGAAGAACCUUUCUAAUGCACUUCCAGAUGAUGACCGAGACAUUUGUGUGUUUGAUUACUAUGUAGAUGAAUCUGGAGAAUGGGAUCCAUGGACUUCCAAAUUACCAGAGGCUGUGUAUUCUGACAAUCAGGACAUGCUGGGAGAAGUGUUUGUACCUUCAGUUGACACUAUUCGAACACGGAACCUAAUGGAAUUUGCCUCCUUCUCUGGCCUCAACGUCCUGUUAGUGGGAGCAAAUGGUUCUGGAAAAACCAAGCUUAUUGAGGAGUUUAUAGACUACAUGGAAAGAUCAGACCCGCAGGCAGCUGUGUGGAAGAGACUGGUGUUUUCUGGAGCCUCCUCAGCCAAACAGCUCCAGAGCUUCCUAGAGUCCAACAUCUAUCACAGACAAGGCUUCGUAUAUGGAGCCAAAGACAAAAAGAAACUGAAAGUGUUCAUUGAUGAUGUCAAUCUACCUGUGCCUGAUGAAUAUGAUGUGCAGAGAUGUAACGAGUUACUGCGCCAGCUGUUGGAUGACAAGAUCCUGUGUAAGCUACAGAAGCCUUUUGAGAUGAAGACAGUAGAGGGACUGAGUAUCAUCUCGGCAAUGUCUAUGUCCGAGCAGGCCAGUGUUAGCAGCCGCCAGCUAUCUGACAGGCUACUGAGGCAUUUUGCAGUCUUUAAUUUACCAACCCCACAAGAUGAAGCAAUGAAGAGCAUUGUCCAUGGAAUUCUGGAUGUAAACAUGACAGACGGAGACCGCCCAGGACUUGACAUUGACCUUCACAAUAGCCUGGUCAAGGCUUCAUGUGAGCUGCUGAAGGCUCUACAGAAUGUCCUACGACCUUCACCCAUGCGUGGUAGACGACACUAUCUGUUUACACUCAAGGACAUCACAACUUGUUUUCAGUGUCUGAAGAGAUUACCAGAGGAGAGCAGGGCAGAUGAGACUCUCAUCCCUGUCAUAUCACUGUGGCGACACGAGAUGCACAGAAUCAUCCGCGAUCGUCUGAGUCGGACGUCUGACUUAAUUUGGUUUGACACCACAAUCCAGGAAAUCAUGGAUCAGGCUUGGCCCAACCUGAAGGACCCAUUCAUGGAGUACUUUGUGACCUUCCCCACUGAUGCCAGGCUGUACCAGAGGCCUGUGACAUCUGUUGGCACUAAACACAUCAAGGUGGUUCUCCAACCUAUUGAAAACUUGAGGGACGUCCACAGCUGUCUUAACACUCACUUGACUCGAUAUAACGAGGAGUUUGGAAAUGUACGACUGGAUGUCAUGCUGUCUGAUUUCAUCAUCUCCCACAUCAUCAGAAUGCACAGGGUGCUCAGCUUCCAUCAUGGAGGAAACAUGCUGGUAAUAGGAGCGGUGGGGUCACACCUGGCCACCCUGUGUAAACUGGCCCUCCAUGUGGCAGAUGUCCCCAUCCACAAAAUGGACACCUCCAAGAGGAGCAACUUCUUCGAUGGAUUGAGGUCUGCUGUAAGACUCUGUGGGUCUGAGGGCAAAAUCCUGUCUCUCAUGUUCACUGCCCGAGACUUGGAGGACCCAGUAUAUCUGGAUGCCAUCAACAGUCUUCUGAUCAGUGGGGAGUACCCACACCUGUUUACUAAUGAUGAAAUGGAGGGACUUCUACAGGCCAUUGGUCCAUCCAUGAAGAGGGAGUUUCCCAGUCUAGCAGUUGAUCCAAUGAAAUUCUUUGUAGCAAGAGUGAAGAGUAAUUUGCAUAUCCUGAUGUGCCUUCAGCCAAUGAACAAUCUUCUUAAGAUAUCUGCAAGCCAGUAUCCUGGUUUGUUAAGUGGCUGUGCCAUCAAUUGGAUGUGUGACUGGCCUCAAGAGGCCUUGCUGGGAGAGGCCUCUUAUUUCAUCACUCGCUACCAACUCACUGAAGAGUUUGAAAAUCUCAGUGACAAGGUGACCUCAUGUCUGGCCAACAUCCACAGUUUUGUCCUGAGGGACUGUGCACAGUUACCUUGGGCAGGUGACCUCAGUGAGGAGAUCAACAUUAAUCAGGUCAAGGUCGAGAAGAAGAAGGAUCAACAAAUUGUUAAAUUCCUACCAGCCAAGGUUCCCAAUCUGCCUUAUUCCAAGGUUAUACUACAAGAGAGAAUCAAACUCCAGCACAGAUCAGAUGACAUGAAAGCUAAAAAUGAGACUUACGUAGGACCAACAACUUACAGGAGAUUUAUGGAGACCUUUAAGUUCCUGUACAAUCUGAAAUCUCAGGAGAGAACUGAGACUGUGGACCAACUCAAGAGAGUCCUUAACACUUUGGAUCAGACACGUCAUGAUGUAAAAAUCAUGAAGAAGGCAAUCAAAACCAUCACCACAAAAUUUGAUGAUGCCAAAAAGACCACCAGCAAUCUGAUGCGGCAGCUGACUUCCAAAGCCACAGCAUUAGAGAAACUGAAGUCCCGGGUCACCCAGGGCACAGACCUGGAAGCCCACAUGAAGCUGUACAUGACAGAGAGUGAGGAUGAGGAGGAAGAGGAACUUCUGCUGCAGGAGGAGUACGACGAUUACGACAAGGAGUUUGACAAGAUGAGGGAGGCCAAGCUGAAGAAUCGGCAGGCAGUGGCCAAAGAGGAGUACGCCCAGGCCCAGAAACAGGUGGAGGAGUGUCGACAGAAUCUGGAGUAUGCUAGACAACAGGUAUUGAUAUGGAAGGGCAAGGUGGACAGAGCCAGUAUUGAGAGACUGAGGGGAUUCGGUAACCCCCCAGUACUGGUGGGACAGGUAAUGGAGAUGGUCAUGAUACUGAUUGGGAAACGUCUGCCCUCACAGCGGUUGUAUGAGGCCAGGGAACUGACCGGCAAAGAGGAGAUGUCCAGUCGAAUGUCCUCCAGCUCUAGCAGCACCAGAAUAGGAGUGAAAAAAGACCGCAAGAAAUCAGCGCGUAGUUCUGCAGGAACUGUCCUACAAGGUAAGAAGGAUGCCGGUGACAAGUUUGACCGUGCCCAGUGGAAGGCUAUGCAGCAGACAAUGAGUGACACCACCAAGUUUGUAGACAUGUUGCACAAUGUAUCAUGGGAAGAUGGCCUAUCAGAGGAUGUUCGAAAGGCUGUGGAAAGUUACCUUGCAGUCUCCAGAGAAGGUCAGCUUGGGAUCACAGGGGAGGGAACUCUACUGGACAAUGCACAGGACACAACAUUUGCUGCCAAAAAGAGAACUCCAUCACCAGAUGGCACCAAAGGAAUCACCAUUGCCAGUGCCAAAUACAGCAGUGAAGACUGUGCCACUCUGGUACAAUACACUAUAGCCAUUGUUGAGUACACUCGUCUGUGUGGCCCACUCAAAGUGGCACUAGAGAAACUGCAUGAGCUGGAACGAGAGAUUGAGGAAAAUGAACGUCAACAGAAAGAGAACCAAGAGCAGCGGCUCCGGAGGUCAGAAAUGACACCAUCUCCUCAGCCAAAGGUAAAAGAGGACAGAACCCCUACACCUGAGCCCGAGCCUGACUACACCGAGGCUGAUCUGCCGAGCCUCCAGGACACUGUUAACAGCCUCCAGCAGCAGUUUGACCAGUCAGUGGUGGAGAAACACUCCCUAGAAAUGGAGCUGCAGUCAAUGAAUGAACGGCUCAAAGCUGCCACUGAAAUGGUGGAUAGCCUAAAGCCCCAGGAAGCUUCAUGGAGGAAGCAUGUAAAGGAGAAUGAUUGUAACGAGUUAAUGUUGGCUAAUUGUCUGUCAGCCGCGGCAUUCCUCGCCUACUGUGGUCCCGCCAAUAUAGACGUCAGGAAUAGAAUGGGAGAGUUCUUUAUGCAAGUGUGUGAAUUCCAUGGUCUGCCCAUGCCUCGGAAUAAACUGUUCAGAAAUAUGGAGCUUAUCGACUUUCUGUACAAGCCAAUGGAUGUGAUCAAAAUGGAGACCAUGAGACUGUCCACCACCAAGCUGAUGCUGGAGAAUGCCUGUUUCCUGAUGCAGAGUGACAGCAUGGUGGCCUGGCCCCUCAUCUGUGACCCCACCAGUCACGUCUUAGACUGGCUCAGAAGCUUUUAUGGUGACACUGGACUUGUGGAGGUUAAAUAUUCGGAGAUCCGUUCUCAGUUUGAGAACUGUCUUGCUGAGGGCUGUCCUCUUUUGGUGACAGAUUGUGACACAAAGCAACUUGCCAAGGACAAACGCUUCAGGGAUGCUAUACAGAGCUGUAAACAUUUCAUCAAUGGCAAAGCCAAGUUCAAAAUCACUGUGGAGGAUCAUGAAGUGGAGUGUGAUCCACGUUUCCGCCUGUUCCUUCACACCACGGUGGAGCCACACAUUGUGCCACCACACCUGGCAGCCUAUACCUCUGUGAUCUACUUCCAGCGGUCUCGUUCUGACAUUGAGGAAACCUUACUGGACAGGUUCAUCUACCAGGAGAAAUCCAAACUACAGGAGGAGAGAGUGUCUCUACUCCAGGAGAGAAAAGAAAACUUGGAGUUGAUGGAGAAGCUUGAAAAAUCAAUGUUAGAGAGUCUGUCCAGUGACAUCAGACUGAUGAAUGAACUCCCCGCCACCAAAAAACUGGCUGAGCUCAAGAAACAGUAUGAUGAAACUUUGGAUAGCCAAGAGCGAGUUGAGUCUAACGAAGCCACCAACACUAGGAACCGUGAACUGUCUCGUGAGUUUGCUCGGCGUGGUGCUGUGUGUUUCCAUGUGAUGCAGUACAUGAGAGAAGUGAACCCAUUGUACCAGGUCUCCUAUGCUCAGUUUGAACAACUGUAUGAUGCUGCUAUUGCUCAUUCUGAAAGUCAACAACUCACUCCGAUAUCUAAUAGGUGGCUUGUGUUGGGGUUCGAAGCCCAGAGAGCAGAGGAAACCCUGGAGAAGAUUACGUAUAUGGCCUAUACCACAUUUGCUAGAGGACUGCUAGAGAGAGAUAGAUUCAUCUUCACACUGCUGUUGGCUAUAGAGGUUGAAGAUUCCCUGGGUAACAUUGGUCCAGGAGAACGUGAAUUCCUAGUAUCUCCCAACUAUAGCUCCGUUGUCAUGACAAAACUGGGCUACACCCAGCCACCAGACAGCAAGAUUGUCCAGAUGAAGAAACCAUUUGACUGGAUGCACGACGAUCAGUUCCACAACCUCCAGGUUCUGGCCACUCACUUUGAAUGGUUCCAGGAGAAGUUUGAACGAAUGCCGAAGGAUGGACGAGAGAUGGAGUGGAGGAUGCUGUGUGACAAUGUAGAGAAAGAACCAGAGAAUAUGCCAUUGCCCGACAAGAUGGACAGCAAGGACUUCGCUCCCAUGAAACGUCUUCUGGUGGUCAGAGCGGUCAGAAGUGACCGACUGAUGCAGGCUUCCACUGUGUUUAUACAGAGGGUUCUUGGAAAGAACUGGUUUAAUGUAAAUUUGAAGAAGGAAUAUAGUGGAUACUAUGGAGACAUGGGACUUGACCUGUCAGCCAUGUACAAACAGAGUGCCACAGUCCCCCCUUCUACCUUGUCCCUCCCCAUCCUCUUGCUCUACACCUUUGAGGCGGAGGCAGCCCAGAGCCGGUUUAUUGAUUUCUCCAAUCGUAAGCAAGCACAGCGUCACAUGAUCACAGUGACAGAUAACUCCCAGGCUACACGCAGCAAGGUCAGAAAGGUCAUACGAAAGGCAGUCAGUGAGGGAUCUUGGGUUUACAUACACCAUGCUCAUAAUGCCCCCAAUGUCCUGAACAGUCUGGAGUCCUUCCUGGCAGAAAAGCCAAACCCUGAGGGAUUCCGUGUCUGGGUGGCCAGUCAGGCAGACCCUAAUGUUAUCCCAGUCAGGCUGCUACAGAAUUCUAUUAAAGCUGUGGUGGACACACCAAAGGUGAUGAAGGACAGCAUGAUUCGUUCCUUCUCCUGGUUUGAACCAGACAUCCUGCGCCAGUCCUCCAGACCUGAGUGGCCGGUGAUGCUACACAAUCUGUGUUACCUCCAUGCUGCUAUUCAGCUGAGGGCCAGGUUUGGUCAGGGAGGGUGGAACUGUCCCCAGGACUUCUACAGUAUUGGCUACAACUGUCUACAGGAGGCCCUGGCAAUAGUCCAGACUGAGUUUAAGGAACCACUGAACUGUGUGGCUCCAGAUGGAUCCCAGAUGCCAAGACCUGUCUCUUACAAUGGCAUCAGAUACAUGGUUGCAGAGAUUGUGUAUGGUAGUUAUGUGACAGAUUUCUAUGACCAGCAAAGUCUAUGUGCCAUGGUGGACUUUUGGCUGUCCUCUGGAGCCCUCAAGAGGGAUUUUGAAGUCAAAGGAUUGAAGUACCGCCACCCACAAGCCUUUUUUAACUCCAAUGUGCGACUGAACACUCUGAUCCAGGCACUGGAUGGUGCUCCAAAUCAUAACCUGGAUGUUCCAGAGGGCUGCCAUAUUCACCAGACCGUAGUGACUUUAUUGGGAGAUGACCAGUAUGUCUUCACCAGACUAAACAAAGUUUUUGACAGCAUGCCAUCCACCAAUACCUUAUCCCACAAGAUGUUUCCUCGACCUCCCACACCAUUUGAUGGACCUGCCCAGGCUGGUAUUAGUAAAACUAGUAACAACCCCUCUGUGGUUCAUCAGGGAGUGUUCUCUACAGCCAGCUAUGCCACACACAAAAUUCGCUUCAAAGAUGUGGAACUCUGGCAAAUCUGUAAUGACCUGCUACAGAAGACUCCCAAGAUUGGCAAUAGCAGCAAAUCAUUCCGUGAGUUUGUUGUGGAGAAAAUCCGUAAACUACCUGGAGACUAUCCUAUCUUCAAUGACUUCAUAAUGAAAGAGUGUGAGAUUCUACACCAACUGUUGACAGAAGUCCGACAUACACUUACUUUGAUAAGGAAUGCUUGUGAGAACAAUGUGAUGGGUGACCAGCUGAGUGACCACUACCUGUCUGCCGCCGAUGAUCUGUACCACUUACGGAUUCCCAGGAUCUGGUGUAAGAUGACGGGCACCACCGCCCCACCCUACACCUACAAUGCAGCUCAGUGGCUCCGUGAUCUGGAGGACCGCUGGAAACACUUUGAGAAGAUCCUCAGCAUGGGAAGAAAGGCCAUGCCAGCCUAUUGGUUAGGAGCAUUCUUCAAUCCUAGAGGACUCCUUGCCUUACUGAAACAGGAAGCCAUCAAGAGUUACUGUGGGGAUAGGUCGGGCAAUUUCGAACAAUUUACCUUCCAGACUGACACAACAUUCAGAGAUUUUGGACAUUUACUUCAGCCUCCACCAGAGGGUGUGUACAUCCAUGGUAUCCACCUCUGGGGAUGUUCCAUUGAGAAGACGACCAAUGAAUUCCAGGACCAGGCCUCCAGACAGGGUUAUGCCCCACUUCCUGUCCUACAUCUACAGUGCUACCCGAUUAACGAGAAACCUGCCCUACAGGAACCAUCUUUCCAGUGUCCACUCUAUCCAUCCAGAAUAGCACCACGUGACCCCAUCAUGGAAAUUGACAUCAAGAAGGAGGGAAUUCCCCCCAUGAGAUGGGCUCUGCGUGGGCUCACAGCCACUAUCUGGCCUUAUUAAAUAAAGAAACUGCCAAAGACUCUACCUUGUAUUGAAAAAAAAAAUAAUGACUUUUAGGAGUGAUUUCUUGAAAAAGAUCUGACAAUUUUUCUGUAUUUGUGUUUUAUAUUAUAAAGAAUGUCAAUGUAUGGCAAUAUUGCAUUACAUAGCCAAUUGUUUAUAUGCUGAAUGCAAAUAUUAUAGUCCGUCCUUAUCACAUUUAAUCUGUGAUUACAAUGGUUGUGUACAGAGUAUAUUUUAAAUUAUUAUGGUUGUGUUUCUCUGACAGUGAUGCAUUAAGUAUUUGUUUAUACUCUUGUUGAUAUUGUUUUUAUUUUAAAAUAUAUAUAUUUGCUCUAUUUUAAAGACUUUUCAUGCAUAUGUGUCAAAAUAUUGCAUACUGCUGAGUUUG